AUGCGUUCGUUCUCGCGCAAACGACAGGGAAACCACACUGUCCGCGCUAUCCUCCGCCGCAAGUAUAACUACAUGAAAACGGGUGGUAUGAGUGGAAGUGCGCCCGAGUGCGUAAAGUGA